AUGACUGAGGAAUAUGAACCCGAAGCUGUUUUUCCAGAUGAUCAAUAUGCAGGAUGUGUUUUUGUAUGUAAAGAUCCGCUACCAGAGGAUGACAACAAGGUAAUCAGAGAAUAUUUUAUGGAUAAAUAUUAUCGUAGAUGGUUGCGAAUGACGUGCAUUCAUAAGAAAGAGCGUCUGAUGGAACAUAAAUGGAUUAAUUACAUUACAAAAGAAUCUGCCGCACAUAUGUUUGUAAGAUUGGAUACUGGAGAACUUUUUGCUGCUUCUCAUACCUCAAAUGUGAAAUUCAUUAUCUCUUUUCAGGAGGGAAAUUGUGAAUCUCUUCCCAAAUACAUUGGACGCACUAAUGCCGCUGGCGUUGAUUUGAAUCGUGAUUUUCCUGAUCGGCUAGAAAAUGAACAAGUUAUACAAUUGCGUUCACAAACCCGUCAACCAGAAACUGCGGCAAUCAUUGAAUGGAUUGCCAGUAAGCCAUUUGUGUUAUCAGCUAAUUUUCAUGGUGGUGCCGUAGUUGCAAGUUAUCCAUAUGAUAACUCUAUUGCUCAUCAUGAAUGUUGUGAAGAGAGCCUAACUCCAGAUGAUCGCGUAUUUAAGCUGAUGGCGCAUACAUAUGCUGAUAAUCAUCCGAUUAUGCGUCAGGGCAAUAAUUGCAAUGACAGCUUCUCAGGCGGCAUAACGAAUGGAGCAAACUGGUACGAACUGAAUGGUGGCAUGCAAGAUUUUAAUUAUGCGUUCACAAAUUGCUUUGAACUUACAAUUGAGUUGAGCUGUUGCAAAUAUCCAUUGGCAUCGACACUACCAACCGAAUGGGCACGUAAUAAGCAUAGUUUGUUACAAUUGCUAAAAUUGGCUCAUAUUGGUGUCAAGGGUAUUAUAAAAGAUGCUAGCGGUUAUCCAAUACAAGAUGCUACAGUUGUAGUAUCCGGUUUAGAGGAUAAACCAAUACGUACAACUCGACGCGGUGAAUAUUGGCGUAUGUUGACACCAGGCAUUUAUAAUAUACAAGCUCAAGCAUUUGGAUAUCAAGCCAGCGUUCCUCAACAGAUUCAAAUUACUAAUGAUAACACUGAAGCUCUUCGCAUCGACUUCACAUUACUACCAACUGAAAAUAAUUAUGAUGGUAUAAGCAGUUUUUACAGUUCAUAUUUUUAUAGACAGUAAAAUAUUUCGAGAUUAAUUUUAUUCUUAAAAUAAUAGUAUUUAUUCAUUGCAAUCCUUAUGUAGAUUUUCACACACCUUUCUCACAACAAUAAAAUACAUUAAUUCAUUUGAAUGAAAAAAAAAAAAAA